AUGGUUCUGUUCUCCAUAUGUGGGUUAUUGCUUUUGGGGCAUCUCCCAUGGGCUUCCUCGCUCCGGAGCGGAUUACAGUCCAUUGCUGGCGUUUCAUCGCAGGCACCUAGCUCUACUGGGUUGCAAGAGUUUUUCCAGCUCUAUCAGCCAAUAUCGCUCGAUUCCAGCGGAAACGGCGACUGCGAUGUCGAGAUAUUGCUCAUGGAUCAUGUUUUUGGAGCUAGUUAUGGAGCACCGUUUGUUGGCGUCUAUGAGCCUCCAAACUGCGACUUUGAUACUGUACGAAUCAAUCUCACAGUCACCUCCCGGGGGAAGCAAUUUGACCGCCUGGCACUCAUGUACCUCGGAGACAAUGAAGUGUUCCGGACUUCAACGGCAGAGCCGACAAUCAAUGGGAUCGUCUGGACUUAUGUCAAAGAGAUGUCACAGUAUAAUUCGCUAUGGAAAAGUCCCCAGAAGCUGAUAUUUGACUUGGGAAAUAUCAUCAACGACAUUUAUACCGGUUCGUUCAAUGCCACGCUAACCGCGCACUUCUCUGAGGAGCAUAAUGUCGAAACUGCGGAUAUGAUUCUUCCAAUAUCGGCCAAAAAGUCGGCAUCAAACUCUCCAAGUGCAUUCCAGCUUCCCACAGACAACACAACAGUCAUGUACGAGAUCCCUGCUGCGGCAUCGCGUGCUGUUGUGUCAAUAUCGGCAUGUGGGCAAUCAGAAGAAGAGUUCUGGUGGUCCAAUGUCUUUUCUGAAGAUACCCAAGACUUUGAAAGCACUGUCGGUGGGCUAUAUGGGUACACUCCUUUUCGUGAAGUUCAGCUCUAUAUCGAUGGGAUCCUUGCCGGGCUUGUCUGGCCAUUCCCUAUUGUCUUUACGGGAGGCGUGGCUCCGGGAUUCUGGCGUCCGGUUGUUGGGACUGAUGCUUUUGAUCUUCGACAGCCGGAGAUUGAUAUUUCCCCAUUUCUCCCCAUGAUUCAAGACGGAAAGCAGCACUCGUUUGAGAUCCGGGUGACUGGUCUGGAUGUCUCGGCAGAUGGAAGCGCCACAUUUGCCAACACUGUGGGCUCAUAUUGGGUUGUCACAGGAAAUAUCUUCAUAUAUAUCGAUGACGACAGCUCAGCCUCUAAGGGCACUGUCACUCGUGACAACAAUGGGCCUACAGUGGAUGCUCCCUUGCCUGUGUUUUCUGUGACUCGGAAUCUUGUCCACAAUGAGACCGGGGGAAACGAUUCCUUAUCAUACUCUGUGGUUGUCGAGCGUGUUUUCACUGCAUCUUCUUCUCUGUACUCGUGGUCACAGACACUAUCCUUCUCCAACCACGGUCUCCUCAACCAGCAAGGAUACAGUCAAUUUAACAGACAAAUUACAACUGGCAAUAAUACCAUCACCGAGCUCGGAGACACGCACAUCUCAAACAGCAUUGCGUUCCAGUACCCCCUGGUUGUCAAUGCAACUUAUGGCAUCACCUCGAAUGGGAUGACGAUUGACUCUUGGAUGAAGAGAGGUCUUGAUUUCGAGGCAACAGGAGGACUCGGUAUUUCUACUUACACUUUGACCUCGGGGCCAUCAUACCUGCACACAAGUCAAUCUGGCACGGCGCAGUAUAAAUCCGUCACUGGUGGAAACUCAAGCUCGUGGGGUGACACCAGCAAUGUCUUCGAAAGUGAGAUGGAUGGGCGAUCAUACUACCGAUCUGUUCAUGCAGUCAAUGGUACCGUUGUAUAUGACACCGACCCUGAUGGCAAGACCUCGGCUUCUUCUCCGCAAGAUUAUGGAGAUACCGGGAGAGACAGUGUGAGGGCUAUACUUGGAAAGGGACCUGGGGCUCUUGUAAACUAG